AUGUUAUAAUCAUUUUUGCUUAGUUUGGCUUCUGGAAUUGUCUUAUUCAUUGUUUAUAUGUAUCACAGGGCAAACUUAUCGGAAGGAUCAGCUAAUUACAGAUAUUAUAAUGAAGCAGUAAAAGGAAUGUCGAGAUGGCUGGAAUAGACGGUUGAUCUAACCUAAUCUCAUUUUUAGCCAUGCAAAAAUUGUGGAUAUGAGAUUGCUUUAGUGCAUGAUAAUUCGUAUUGUCUUAGAAGCGACCUCUUUAAGUUGUUGCAUCCAGAAGUAAUAGUAUAGGAUCAAAUGGUAUUGAGAGAUUAUGGUGGUCAAGAUUUGGCAAGAAAAAUCAUAUAACAAAAUAUGUAUGAUGCUCUACCCAGUUUUGUAUAAACCAGACAAAUUGAGAUUGGAUAUCAUUUAACUCCAUUGGAAACAUCAAUUGUAUAUCCAUAUGCUAAAAAUUAUUUGCGAACUCAUACUUUUGGAAAAUAAGCUGGUUGUAUUUUCUAGAAAUAUUUCCAUGUUCCAGGUCAAGAGGAAAUAGCAUUAAAAUCAAAUCAAUCAACACACUUUCAUAAUUACAUUGAUAAUUUGAAAUUAGAAAAUAAAAGUGCUGAGUGCAUCAAAGAUGCUAGUUAUGAAAAACCUACAUUUAGAAUGUGGUUGAAAGAAGAAUGUGACAAUUUCUUUUAGAUUAUUAACACACAAUAAUACAAAGAUAAAUUGGAAAAUGAGGGAAUCCAAUAUAUUUAUAAAACAAAUAGACAUCUAGGCAAUGGAAUAUUACUUUUGGAUUAUUAAAAUGAAAAGAUAAUAAGAUCAUGGUAUAAAGAUAGCCAAGGUUGUGGACGCAAUCUGUCUUAAGUUAUAAUUUAAGAGUACCUUAAGAAUCCUUACUUAUUCAAAGGACAUAAGAUGGAGUUUAGAUCAUAUUUUUAGAUAGCAUCUACUAAUCCACCAAUCUUGUAUGGCUAUAAGAAGGCAUUGAUAAAACAAUGUGCAUUAAAAUUCGAUUUAUUGGAUUUCACCAAAGAGGCACAUGUAUGUAAUACAGCCGUAACAAAAACACAUAAGCAAACAACUGGAUAGGAAUAAGAUGAUGAUCUCUAUAUUGAUUGGAAUUUAGAGGAGUUGCAAGAUAUUUUGUUAGAGUAGGGUAAGAUAAAGUCUCGUAAUUGGUUGAAUGAAGAACUAUACCCUUAGAUUAUGAGAAAGAUAACCCAUCUAUUUUUCUCAGUAGAAAAAUACCUCUUGAAAGAUAGUAGAGUUGGAGAGUUCUUUGGAGUUGAUUUCAUACUUGACGAGGAUUUAAAUCUCUGGAUUUUUGAAUGCAACCGUAAUCCAAAUUUCUUGGCUGUGACAGAGGGAAGAAAAGAGAAAUUUGGGAAGCUGAUUCCUGACAUGUUGGAAAUAUAGAUGUAAUUAGUUAGAAGCAGAUUUAAAAGAGUAAGAGAUUUUAUGUAUAAUAAAUUGUUGCCAGCCAUUUAGGCUAGACAGUUUUAACAAUAACAAGAGAAGUUCAAAGAGGAGUUUCUGCAAUUGAUGAAGGAUAGAUUUGAACCUGAAUAUUAAAUAUCCAAAAGCAAUUUAGCUGAGUUGGCGUAUAUUGGGGAAGGAUAAUUUAAUGGAUACAUUAAAAAAGAAUGUUUAGAUUCAAGUAGAGUAUUAAAAAAGUGA